AUGUCCAAGAGAGGAGGCCCUCUCAUGACGCCUCCACAGUCUCCAAGGAGAGGAGGUCAGCCUUCAGUGGAACGAAUCCGUUCACCAGAAGACGUCAAGGUACCAGCUGGCUCAACACUGAGAGACAUUAUUCUCUCAUUGAUCUUUGGAGUCGCUUCAUGGACGUACCAGUUCAUGUUAAUUCGACUGGUCGUCUUUUUAUUCACCUUUUCGGUCUUUGCCGUGGUAUAUUCGAUCCGACAUGUUGGUGAUGUGCCAUCAAGGAUUCGAAAGGUGAUGAGGCUAUGGAAUGCUGAACGAUCGCCUGAACCACGUGGAAAAGAGCCUGCAGAGAGAAACUUUCCGCAAGGAACAUACUUGAGGACACCUCCAGAAUGCUUCUCCCAUUUUGUAGAAUACGAUUUUCCAAAGAAGUGGUUUGAAUGGAAUGGUAUUCGUAUUCACUACGUCGAAGCUGGACCAAGGAAUGGAGACCGAGACUGGGCUGGAGAGACAUUCUUGUUUGUCCAUGGAAAUCCAUCUUGGAGCUUUCUGUUCCGCAAAGUAGCAGUGAUGCACCAACUUGCUGCAGCGAAUCACCGUGUCCUUGCCAUUGAUCUCAUUGGCUUUGGAAUGAGUGACAAGUUGGUGUUUGAGCCACACUCAAUCAAGAUCCAGGUGGAUAUGCUCGCAAGCUUUUGCAACCAUGCGAAGCUUGCUGGAGUGACUAUGGUGUUGCAUGACUGGGGAGGUGUGAUUGGACUGAGUGCACUAGACGGAAUCCAAUCUCCAAGCUUCCUCAAACACAUUGUCCUUAUGGAUGCCUUCCUUCCAAGUCGAGUCAGUCUUGGUCACGAAGCUGACUUUUCUGCUUCGUUGAUGCUCAUGACCUUACAAAUGUAUACCGCGAUUCUCGGUAAACACACUUUCCUGGAACCAUUGAUCCGCUUUAUCACACCAAAGUCUCCAACGAGUGUGGUACAUGGGUAUACAGCUCCCUACCCAUCAUCGGUGCUGUCUACGGUAUUUGAGACAUUUCCACGUUUGAUUCACCCAAUGUUUCCAGGGCGCUUGACACCCUUCUUUGCCAUCCUCUUCUCCGAACUUGCUGAAGGACUACACAGCGAUGAGGAUAUCCAUGCUCGCGUCGAUACAAUCAAGCACCGUUUGAAGGCCAUGAAGCAGCCAGUACUCAUUGUCUAUGGUGCUCAGGAUCAAAUCACAAUAUACUUCAAAGACAAGUGGAAGAAACUUCUUUCAUCAGUCUCUAUGGAGCGUUGUGAUGAGAUUGUUAUGAUUCAGAACGCUGGUCACUUUUCGCCAGAAGACAAUUCCGACACCGUCACGGCUGUUAUCGAAAGUUUUGUAAAGGGUCAACCGAUCAAAUAUAUUGACCACGUUUACUUCGCAUAA